CCCGAACUGCCGGAAACCUUUUAGUGCAAAUAAUUCAAAAUGGAAAAAGUUAUGGGAAUAAUCAGGUGAGGUCCUCUUUUGAUAGCAUGAGUCCAGGCUGAAGUUUCGUCUGUCUGCCCCCUUGGAGACACAAAUUUAGAAAACAUCAGUUACUCUGAACAACGACAGCAUUAUGCAGAGUGCUUCACAUGUUGGAAUGUCUCAUACCCGAAAGUAUGCUGAUAAUAAGCCCUACGGCGAUGACCGUCACAGUCCCCAAUGGGCCGAAGUACAGGUAUGAGAGCGAGUACCAAUUAUCAGCCAGGAAAGGCCUGUUAAGAAAUGGAUCUCGUUACAUAUCAGCCAAUAGAUUUUGACUCGAAUGGUUUGCACAACCCACCUUUGUAGAUUCUUCUCUUUCAGUAUGAAGUCGUCCAUGUUUGCAGUCCAGUUAGUGCCAUCUGGUGCCAUUGAGAAGUUACAGCCGUGUGUCAUCAGAGGCAACGGUCUGCUGUUCUCUGGUUGCGGAGGGUAUAUCUGUGCUCCAAUGCUCACCCACAGUGACAGUGCCAAACCAGACAACAGCCCUGCCAAACCUCCCUUAAACAGACACACUUUCCAUUGUAAUUACCACUAUAUUUUUGCAUUCUAUAAAGAAAAAUUCAUCCUUUCACAAAAAAUCUAAUAAGUGGCUUCUUAUAAACAUUGCCUUGAAAAAAAACAUUACUGGUGUGCAUCUUGAGACAAAAGUAUGGCACUGACAUAUGCUUUCAGUUAAAACAGCUCAAACAUGCAUUUUAGUCUGGAGCUAGCUUUAAGCUUUGUAAAACCAGAGGUAAAUGUUCUUUACUUGAUCUUAAAGAAGUCUCAAAAGGUCUAAAAUGUACCUUCAUAAACCUGCAGAAACCCUUCACAUAUUUUAAUAAUCACCAUUAAUUAGUAUCAUUCAAAUGCUUAUGCUUGAACAUUCAGACAUUGCUUUACCAUGGAAAUUAUACCUUUAAACUUUUUAGCAUGCUCAACAUUUAUGAUAUCAACAUCAAAUUUGAAACACAACUUGGUUAGACAGUUUUCACAUUGAAAAAAUCUGCUGAGGGUCUUCUUUGAAAAGAGAAUAUGUAACCUAUGUCUGCAUUUCAAAACUUCAUAUUACAACCAAGCCAAGUUCAGAUCUAAGUUUAAAAAUAGGGGUGACGUUUAUUGGGAUAAAAUCUAGCUGCCAUAACCUUUGUGUUGGUGCAUGAAAACAGGAUGCCAAGAGAGAAGAGGCCCAGUAGAGGUCCGCCAAUCACUCCAACAAUACUAAUAGCGGCCUGUUGAGGGACAAACCGACAGGAAAAUUAGGAUUAUACCCUGUAAUUUUCACAUAUAAUUCUUCAGUAACCCACCUGUAGCAUCCCUCCCAUCAAAGAUGCAAAACCAGCCAUUCCAAUGCACACAGCACCAUAAAACAAACCUGUGAUUAGGAAACAUCAGUUUAGUAGUUGGAAUAACUGAUUAUUUGUUAUUCAUUUCUAAAGGAAGACAUUUGCUCACUCAUGCCCUUUGAAGCCCAGGAUAGCUGUCUCUCUGACAGACUGAGAAGGAUAUGGGGCUCGAACGACAAGGGGGUUAAGCCGGCCGCCCUGAGCGGAGUCACUGAUGAUAGUGGAGAUCCCGCCCUGCAGAAGUACUGAUUGGACAAUGACAGCCAAAAGACCUGCCAAUAUGAUGCCAACCUGGAACACGUCCGUCCACACCACCGCCUUCAGACCGCCCUGCCAAGUAGAGGGUGCAGACGACUCCAGUCGAAAUGACGGCACCCCAGAGAUCCACACCUGUGACUGAGACAAGAGAGAAAGGAGAGAGUUCACUUGACCAUAGAGUGCUGCUGCACUUUAUCAAGCAUACUUGUUACACCAUGCACUCCACAAAUAAUGCAGUUCGACUCUUAAAAGGUGCUGGUUAUACCCAGUCUGUAGAAGAUUGGCAGGAAGAUCUCAGAAGUAACAGCCACCAUCAGAACAUAAGAAAAGCAGAUGAGGAUGAAGUUGGCUCCGUACUGAUACACCUCUACCGGGGUCCCCAGAACGGUGAUGGCUGACAUGAAGCUGGCCGUCAGGGACAGGGCCACCGGUACCGCCGCCAUACUCCGUCCGCCCACCAGAAAGUCUGCGGAACUGCUCUGACCUCCUCCAGCAAAGGCAUAAUACACUCCGAUGCCUGCUGAGACGACCAGCAUUAAGUUUGCCACGUUUUCUGAAAGGCUCGCAAAAGUAAACAUUGAUGUCAUUCAUCGCAUUGACAGGACUGGAAGUUAUGACGAGGAGGUAGAAACUUAUUUUUAUGAAGCCCUAAUAAAAUGGAAAGACUUGAAUUUGACAGAACACUUCAUGAUAUUUUUUCGAGAGGUGUCAAGCAAGAGUCAGUCUUUCAAUAUGCUGGUGUUUCACCAAAACGUCAUUGUGGAGAGUCUGAAGACCCACCUGUCAGUGAAGAACAACAUGGCUUACCAGCCUCUUCUGGAUCUUGUAAUUCAACUGGCUCGGGACCUCCAGAUGGACUUUUACCCCCACUUCUCUGAUUUCUUCAUCAUCAUCACAUCUAUACUGGACACACAAGACCCUGAGGUGUUGGAAUGGGCCUUCACGUGUCUGUCGUACCUGUUCAAAUACCUGUGGAGGUUGAUGGUGAAGGAUAUGGACAAGAUAUACAGUCUUUACAGUGAACUUCUGGCGCACAAGAAGGAACACAUCCGCAACUUUGCUGCCGAGAGCUUCUCUUUUUUGAUGAGAAAGGUUACAGAUUAUGACACGCUCUUCACACUCGUGUUCUCCAACCUGUCAGAGCAUCCUCAGAAGGCCAGAGGAGCCGGCCAGUUGAUCUUUGAGAUGUGUCGAGGAGUCCGUGACAUGUUUCACUCCUGUGCAUCUACGGCUCUUCCGGUAGUGUUGCACAAGCUUGGUCCAGCAGUCGGACAGGAUGUUGAUUUACCUUGGGACUCGAUCAAAGAAGCCCUGGACCACAUGGCUGAGUCUUCAGCCAACUAUGUUGACAAAGAACACCUGAUAGUCCUGUGGGACUCCUUAAAUGGGUCACUGAACGACGUUCUUGGAAAGUUAGAGACAAGCGAUGGCGACCAAGCUAAUGAACACUUGGAGAGGAUUCUGUACAUCUACCACACACUUGUGGAGCAUCGCAAAGGAGCAAAAAUUACAAAACCACAGUCUGUCUGUGAGACACUUCUGAAGCUAGUUCAAGCACCAGGACUGUCCUACUCCUGCUCCAGGAUGCUUUUACAAGUAGUUUCGUCUCUGUUGAUGGGGGAUAAUCUGUCAUUGCCUGCCCAGAGCAUCCACGAACUAGUGAAAAAGGUCUUCCAUAGCGGGAUGGACCGAGACGUCAUAUUGUCAUUUACAAAAGAGAUGUUUGACAUGAAACAGUUUGAGCAGGUGUUCUUGCCCAGUUUGCUGCAGUACCUGGAGCAGCUCUUCUGCACUGAGGACGCCGUAAACCGACAGCUGGUUCUAGAACUGCUGGUUGGUUUGAUUCUGUCCAAAGCUCCGCCCCCCACUGACGGAUCCAUGGCUUUUGAGAAGUACCCAUUAGUCUUCACUGGACAGACUCUCAGGUCUACAGGACUUGAAAGAGACCAGCCGGUGUCUGUUCCCCAGCGGAUUCUUUCUCUCAUUGACAUCCCCAUCGAUCAGCCGCUCUCUGACCUUUCUCAUCCAUGGGCUGCACUAGUGCUCCUCCCACACGUCAGGCCAUUAGAAGCAUCAAGCGUUAUACAGGCCGUCACUGUACUACUGAACAGGUUACUGCAGGAGGUGUGCAGUGAAACUCUUGGGAGAGGAGGGCUGUUUGUAGCCCGACAGGCUCUUAGCACUCUGCUCAGUUUCAAGGAGACGACAGCGGUACAGUCACUCCUGCCCGUAGAACUGGUCAGAAACAUCAUUGAGAAAGUCCCCACUGAUCUUUCAGCCCUGUUGUUAGGAGAUCUGUACUACACCAGACUGGCACUCAACGGCUCCUCAGCUCAGCUGUCCCAUGAUUCUCUGCUGGAAUUGUACCAUAAACUGCAUUCCAAUUUUUCUUCCAACAUUUCCAAGAUUCGUUUGUUGACCCUCAGAAUAUUGUCAAAUUUUGAUGCUGACCUUCCUAAAUCUGCAGAGGUAUCAUUUGGAGAGGAGAGCUCAAAUGCGCAGACGGUGUUCGCUGUGUGUCUGCAGGCAGAGCAGGUCCCGGCCACAGUACAGGACUACAGGGAGAAACUACUACAUCUUCGGAAACUUCGCCAUGACCUGGUGCAGCGCUGUCUGCCUAAGGGACCUUUCCAUGAGAUUCCUCUUCGUUAUCUUAUUGCAAUGCUGUUUGUCAAUUUCCGACCUCUCUGGGAUGCUGUUAUUGAUCUCUUGGUGUCGCACGCUAAAGAAAUGGACAACAAAUCUUUCUGGAAGGUUUAUCAUGAACAUCUGGAGAUGGUUGCUGGUCUAGCUGAGGAAGAGCUCCAGGCAGAUGAUGAUGAUGACGAUGAUGAGGGAGGUGGUGGACAACAUCAAGCCGCAAAGGAGCUCAGAGGUCCAGGGACCAGCGUGAUCGAGAGCGGGGAUGUGGGAGUUCUUUUUCUGGAAGAACUGGACCAGGUGUUGAAUCCCAUUGAGCGAACAGACUUCACAAACUUCCGUGGCUUGCUUUGGCGAGCCAUGUCCCAGUUUCCCGAAAGAGUGGAGCCACGUAGCCGAGAGCUCACCCCAUUACUGCUGCGCUUCAUCAGUAAUGAGUUUUACCCAUCUGACCUGAUGGUGGCUCCCACUCAGGACCUCAUGAAGAAAAGCAGCUCUUCAUCAGAGCAGGGAAUGGGUGAAGAUGUAGAUGCUGACAUGGAAGUUGAUGAAGAGGAAGAUUCAAAAAAAUUCAAGAAGAAGAUACCAAGAAGAGCAGCAGCCAAGCAGCUCAUUGCUCACUUAAAGGUCUUCUCCAAGUUCACUAACCCGAAAUCUUUAUACAUGGAGGCAAAUCUUAGUGAGCUGUACACCCAGCUCCUGUGCCAUAAAGAUCAAGAAAUCCAGAAAAUAGCACUUGACUGUUUGAUGACAUACAAAGACCCAAAUAUUCUCCCUUACAAAGAGAAUCUGCAGAGACUUCUGGAUGACAAGCAUUUUAAAGAUGAGAUUGUCCAUUUUAACAUCUCAGAAGAAGGAACUGUGGUACUUUCGUCACACAGACCCCAACUCAUUCCCAUGCUUAUGAGGAUACUGUACGGGAAGAUGUGCUCUAAGGCUGGUAGUAAGUUUCAGGGUAAAUCGGGCACGGCUUCUCGCUCCUCCAUAGUGCUGCGCUUUCUGGCAGGCUGUCAGCCAGAGGAGAUGGGGAUGUUUAUUGAUCUUCUGCUGGAGCCUGUUCGUCAUUACGCUGAAGGAUCGUGUUUGGCUGCGGUAAAUCGAGCCAUUGGUGAAACAAACCUGUCUGCUGUUCUCCCUGUGGGUCGCCAGCACAGCCUGCUCAACACCAUAGAUUUGCUCAUCAACAAAUUAGGCCAUCUCAUCCAAAUCUACCUGCCCAAAGUUUUGCAGAUCUUGCUGUGCAUCACAGCCUCCGUGUCAUUUAUACUGGAUCACAGAGAGCAGCUCAAGCCUGGUUGCAUCAAUCCUCUGAAGAACUUGCGUCGUCUGGGGAUUCUGCGCAUACAAGACUUCUUUAAUGGCUUUGAGUGUUACAACUUCACAGCAGAUGAGCUGGACGCUGUUUUCCAAGCUGUGGUGUGGCCUCAGGUUUGUCGUCUGCCCACUGAAAGCACGUAUGCACCAACGCCCCUCUUGAAAGUCAUCCGUGUGUGGACCCAAAACACUCGAUUUUUCCCUUUGCUUGCUAAGCAGAGACCAGGCCACCCUGAGUGUGACGUCCUGCUCAAUGUAUUUGGUCUGUUAUCCUCCAAAAACGUGACUUCCCUCACAGUGGCCAUGGUGAUUGACAUAGCCGAGAGCUUGCUGGGCACUCCAGACUUUGAACCCAAGGAGAAUGAGACCGAGUUGAUUGUGAAUGACUGUGUGAUCCCUGAAAGUUGUGAUGUAUCAGAUUCUCUGACUAUCGGCUGCCGUCUGCUCCUUCCUCACAUUCCUGCACUACUUCAAUACCUUAGUGGAGUUGUUCGUAACUCUGAACGCCUCAAAAAGAAGAAAUUCAGAGCUCAAGUCAGCAAAGAGCUCAACAUCCUCUCAAAGAUCAGUAGAUUUGUGACUGAAAAGGGACAGAGUUCAACACUAAUCGGUUUGCUUCUACCUUACCUCCACAAACCCAAAACUGCACAGGAAACAGAGUUGGACAUCCUGGGUACUGUGCAGAACCUGCUGAGACAGUGUCUAGAGCCCAACGUGUUCCUCAAACCUCUCAGCAAACUUUUCUCCAUCAUCCAAAACAGACUUUCACGCCAGGCUCUGUGUGAAGCGUUCCAGACUCUAUCAGACAUGGACAGUGAACUGAAGUACAUCACAGAUGUUGUCAUUCAGCUCAAUGCCUUUGACAGCCGGCAUCUGGACGAGGUUCACUUUGACGUGCGUCUGGUGGCGUUCCAGAAGGCCACCAAGCACAUUAAAGAGAUGAGUACGCUGGAUAUGAGAUACCUGACUGCUGUCAUGCACAACUGCUUCCAUUCAUUACAGAUCGGCGACAUGUCUUUGGCAGAUUGCGCCACCAUGUGUUUGUCAGCCAUAAUAAUGCAGCUCUCAGAAGUCGGAUGCCCGGAGGCCGAGUACAAGGAGAUUGUGCAGUACAUGAUACUGGAUGCCCUGCGAAAGGGUUUAAAGAGCAAGACUGAGACUGUACGAAAUGAAUACACUACGAUUCUGGCCUGCCUAGUGAAGACCUUUCCAAACCGUCCAGAGUUUCGCGAUCUGGCUCAACUGACAGAUCAUAAUGAUCCCGAGUCAGAUUUCUUUGAGCAUAUGAAGCACAUACAGGUUUACAGAAGGGGUCGAGCGCUCAGGAAGUUUGCCAGGCAGCUGACCGAGGGCAAGAUUGUGAUGUCAUCGCGCUCCAUGCAGAAUUACAUCAUGCCCUAUGCCAUGAUCGCUCUAGUUGAUGAAAAAUUGUUGAAGUAUGAACCCAUGAAAACAGCCGCGAUAGAAGUUAUCGGUGCCGUGUGCAGACGCUUGACCUGGUCCAAGUACUUGUUCUACGUAAAACACUUCAUCCAUAUUUUACAGUCUGGAAUAGCUGAGCAGAAACUAGCUGUCAGUUUGCUGCUGAUUGUUCUUGAUGCGUUCCACUUUGACCAUGAGACUCUCAGUAAAGAAAUUGAGCUGGCCAAAAACAGGAAGCCAGAAGUGCCUAGUGUUGUGGUGGAAGAGGCUGAGGAUGAGGCAGUGGAAACCAUGGACACCGAUGAAAGUGAUGAUGAAGGUGAAAUGGAAACCGAGGAGGCCGGUGUAGCCGUUUCCACAGCAUUGGAUGCUGAGACGGAAGGCCCUGCCAAACCAAAUAAAGGCAAAGAGAGCCAAACGAAGAAAGUGCUUCCUGUAGUCAGCAGUGGGCUGCCUCAAAAUAAACAUGAUCUAGAGGCACUAAUUUCCUCUAUUCAUCACACGGUCACACAGACCGUCCUCCCUAAACUUCACAAGUGCCUCACUGCGAAGGUGAAGCGAGAUGACGAGCACAAGAUGGUGAAGUCUAAGGAGGUGAAAGAUGAAGAAGUGGCCAGAGUGCCUAUUGCAUUUGCCAUGAUUCAACUCAUGAAGUCUCUGCCAAAGGAGGUCAUGGAAGCAAACUUGCCAGGCAUCCUUCUGAAAGUGUGCGUCCACCUGAGGAGCCGUUUCCAGGAGAUCCGUGAUGUUGCUCGAAACACUUUGGUGAAGAUUAUAGAGACACUUGGGCAUCAGUACCUUCAUUAUCUGCUCAACGAGAUGCAGGCGGUCUUAGUGAAGGGGUAUCAGGUCCAUGUUUUGACCUUCACAGUGUACUAUUUGCUCUCUGCCCUGAAAUCAUCUUUGAACGCAGGGGAUCUUGACCCAUGCAUGGACAUGCUCGUCACGAUCUUCAACAACGAGCUGUUUGGAGCCGUAGCCGAGGAGAAGGACAUCAGAGGGAUCGUUUCAAAGGUGAUGGAGGCCCGCCACAGCAAAAGCUCCGACUCGUACGAGCUGCUCGGGCAGUUCUGCAGCCAGGAGCGCGUCAUCCACCUCAUCCUGCCACUCAAAGAGGUGCUUGAGAACACGGCCAGUUUGAAGGUGUCAAGGCGAGUGCAUGCUGUGUUUAAGAGGAUUGUGGCGGGACUUUUGCUCAAUAAGAGCAUGAGCCCUCAGUCCAUACUACUGCUCUGCCAUGGACUCAUCAGUCAGAGUCUCCCGCUCAUUACCAGCAAGAACAAAGAGAAGCAUCGUCCACCUCCAGACCCUCGCCUGCCUCCGCCAAGCUGUUUACUGUUGCCGGCCACUCCUAAGAGAGUAGGGGUGAAAGCCGCCAUUAGUAGCAGAACAAACAUGCACAUCCUAGUGGAAACGGGACUCAGUUUGCUUCACUGUAGUCUGAAGAGCUCAAAGAUCAACUCAUCUGGCCCGUCAGUAAAGGAGAUGUUAGAUCCGUUUGUAUCUCUCCUCCUGGACUGUCUUAACUCCAUGCAUGUAAAGGUGAUUACCGAGGCUCUGCAGGCCUUCAUCUGGAUCUUGAAGUUUCCUCUCCCGGCAGUGGAACAGAAUUACGACCAGCUGACCAAGCAGCUCUUUGUCCUGCUGAAGGAUUACGCCAAAGCUGGAGCCGGCCGUGGCGAGAACUUCCCCCUGGUUCAGAACUGCUUUAAGGCCAUAACUGUUUUGGUAAAGAGCGUGACAAAACAUAUAACAGAAACACAGCUGCAAGUGCUUCUGGGAUAUGCUGAGGAGGACAUCUAUGAUAGCAGUCGGCAAGCCACCGCGUUCGGCCUCCUGAGGGCGAUUCUGUCCCGGAAACUGGUGGUGCCCGAGAUGGAGGAUGUUAUGAAAAAAUUGGCCAAGUUUGCCAUUGAAGGGUCAAACGAACAGGUCCGCAUGCGCUGCAGACAGAUCUACCUGAAGUACCUGAUGGACUAUCCACUGGGGAAGAAACUGAGGAAACAUUUUGACUUCAUAGUUGCUCAGCUUACUUAUGAAUAUGACACUGGGAGACAGUCUGCCCUUGAAUUGAUGGCUUACAUUUUCCUGAAAUUUCCUCAGGAUCUCUUGCAAGAGCACUGCGGUUUGUUCUUUGUGCCUUUGUCAUUGGCCAUGUUGAACGAUGAUUCUGCAUCCUGUAAGAAAAUGGCGGCUCUGGCCAUCAAGUCUCUGCUGAAUCGGUUGGAUUUGCAGCGUCAGAACUCCAUGUUUGACCUGGUUGACAGCUGGAUUACAGACGAGAAGACGGCUCUGCGGAGACUGGGAGCUCAGGUCUGUGGGCUGUUUGUGGAAGUUGAAGGAGCAAAGUUCAGCCGGAGAAUGGAUGUCCUGAUUCCUCUCAUCGAGAAAGAGAUCCGCACUUCCAACUUCGAGGACAUUGAGGAAGAGGAAGAGGAGAAGGCUGCAGAUAGACUGCUGUUCGCUUACCUCACGCUCAUCGUCAAACUCAUCAAAGACUGCAGCUUUUUGGAGCUCUUCAAACCUGCAGACCUGCUCAACAGCAUCUGGGGUCAUAUUGAUUCCCAUCUGCGUUACCCUCAUGCCUGGGUUUGGCUGACCGCCUCUCAGAUCUUUGGUUUGCUGUUUGCGGCUCAUAAACCCGAGGAUCUGUUGACCUUAUGGAGUUCUCAGGAGAACAAAACCAUACACCCUGUAGCCACUGUUUUUAUCACAGACAACCUUUAUCACAAGAUGAGAGAGCUGGUUCUGUCCUUCUGUUACCAACUGCAGUCCAAGUUCUUGGAUAUUUCUGCUGGGGAGCAGGUGGUGAAGAACUUGCUUUAUGUGGCCAAGGUGAUCUACCUCAUCUCACCAGAGUCAGAUACCGUGAAUCCACCUGAAGAACAGGAGGAGGUCGAAGAUGCGGAGGAAGAAAUUACAGUGAAAACGGAGAAGAAUGAAGGGGAAGAAGAGGAAGAAACGACAGAGACAAUGGAGGGGAAUGAUGGGGAAGGAGAAGAAGAAAAGGAGCAGAAGGACAAGCCACCGUCUCUCCUCUGGGUGAUGAAUAAGCUUUCAUUACUGGCCAAAAGAGAAGCAGCAGACACGCCUAAAGAGCCUUUGAAGAGAACUUGUGUUUUUAAGUUCUUGGGAGCCAUAGCUGUGGAUCUCGGAAAAGAUCGGCUUGGACCGUAUCUGACCACUAUCAUCGCUCCUCUCUACAGAGAGCUGGACAGCACAUAUGCGGACCAAGACCCCACGCUGAAGAACCUGGCUCAGGAGUUGAUCGAGCUGUUGAAGAAGAUGGUCGGUCUGCAGCAAUUCUCUCUGGCUUUUGCAGCGGUGCAGAAAGAAGCCGCCCAGAGACGAGCUUCACGCAAGAAAGUCAAGGCUGUGCAGGCUGUUGUAAAUCCUGACAUUGCUGCAAGAAAGAAGGUAAAGAAGCAGUUAAAGAAAAACGAGGCCAAAAAGAGGAAAAUGGAGUUUGUGCGUACAGGACAUAAAGCAAAGAAACCUAAGAGCAGCUCAUUGAGGAACUUGGCCAUGCUCAGUUGAUCCAUUUUGCUGCUGGUUAAUGUUUUUUUUUUUUUUUUGGCAAACUAAUACUUCAAAUGUAUACAGCAGAGCAGAGAGGGAGACUGCGAGGGACCCUGGGAAUGUUACCUGAACCCUGUUUUCAGUGGUAAGGGGUCGACUGUGAGUCGACAUAUAUAUUGAUUUGUCCAACGUUUUUAAGUAAAAAAUUUUGCAAAAACACCACAGCCAUUGGUUGAUGUUAUGCUUGAUGUAAUGUGUUGACUGCAUAUUUAUUUCACAGCCACAACACAGGAGUGUGCUCCCCUGUACACGUGCAAAUAUAAAUAUGCCAUUACAAAUUCAAAGCAUACAAAUGACAAGUUAGUCUUAAUUAAAUAUCUACCCAUGUAAUAUUAAAACUGAAAUCAUAUACCAGCUGCAACGAUUCAAAAUCAGGGGGAAAAA